GUCUCCGAAUAUUUCCGAUUUCGUAACCUACGAAACUCAGCAGAAGACCUGAAGAGAGAAAAUAUUCCUAUAGUGUCGAAGGGAAUACUUAAGUUAAUUGUAAUUUUGAAAAGUUCGGAAUGGAUGACGACGGUGAUCAAGAUAAUGUGAUCGAAGAAGACUUUUACACUUUUCUCAACGUACCAAGAAAUGCAACUGCCGAGGAGAUCAAUAAUGCAUAUCGCAGACAGAGCAGGCUUUAUCAUCCCGACAAGCACAUCGACCCAGUCCUCAAAAAAGAAGCGGAAACCCUAUUUACUCGUACGAAAAAAGCGUACGAAGUCCUGAGUGAUGCGCAUCAAAGAGCAAUUUACGAUUCCCUUGGUACCCGUGGCCUGGAAACUGAAGGUUGGGAAAUAGUCCAAAGGGCAAAAACGCCCCAAGAAAUAAGAGAAGAGUAUGAGCGUUUGGCACGAGAAAGAGAGGAGAGGAGGCUUCAAGAACGGACAAACCCAAAAGGAAAUGUCACAGUCAACAUCAAUGCUACGGAUAUAUUUAACAGAUAUGACGAUGAAUACGACGACAUCAGUGACCGAGUGUUUCCAACAAUUGAGGUCAGUGGGAUGUCGUUCAGUCAGUCUAUCGAGGCUCCUCUCACCCUUAGAGAUACGAUGACUAUGUCGGGCCAGUUGGGUACACACAAUGGGACAGGUACUGGGUCCGUGAAUGUUUCCGCAAGACGAUUUUUGUCAAAGGGUUGGCUUGAGUUGGAUGUUGGUGCGGGUAAUGGACCAAUGUUAUCUCUGAAGGGGUUCAGAACGUUAACAAAAAGGCUGUUCUGCAAUGGCGCGACUAUUCUUGAGUUCACGGCUGAUAGGAUAAGGCCUGGUCUUGUAGGAACCUUGGCAAUGCAAUUGGAUAAGCAUGCAGUUGGAUAUCUCACAUAUAGAGCUGGAACACAAAGCUCGAUGAGUACUGUAAUUGUGAGGAACACCUCUACGUCUCAUACAUCAUUAACGAUGCAAUUUGGGAUGGUCCACUCUUACAUCAGCCUUAGUUAUGCUUAUAAAAUGGAAGAAAGACAGCUCAAACUACGUGGAUGUGUUAAAGCUGGUACCUUUGGGGCUUUCUUUGAGUAUGGUGCUGAAAAAAAAGUGUCCAAGCACAGCUCUCUGUCGGCAGCUGUCUCCGUUGGUGUACCAACUGGAGUGAUAUUAAAAAUAAAGCUGAGUCGAGCGUCGCAAACAUAUUCAUUUCCCAUACAUUUGUGCGAGGAAGUUGUACCUGCCCCGGUUUUUUACGCAACUGUCGUCCCAUUGAUAACUUGGACUGUGAUUAAAAAGCUAAUUAUAGAUCCUGUUGUACGAGAACAAAAAGAACGAGACAAAGAGAAGCAGAAGGAAUUAAAUAAGACUAGAAUGCUCGAAAAGCAACGCGAAGCCAAAUCAGCUAUAGAUCUCAUGAAGGCAACUUUCAGUAGAAUUAGAUCAGAGGAGGAAGCCAAAAGGGGGCUUGUUAUUACUAAAGCACUUUAUGGAAGAUUUGUCUACCCGCAAGAACGUGCUUCAAGGGAUGAAGACAAUGGGCCCAGAGACGAAGUCAUAGAUGUUACUAUUCCUCUUCAAUGCUUGGUCAAAGACUCUAAACUUGUACUACACAACGCGUCCAAGAGUCAGCUACCAGGAUUUUACGAUCCUUGUGUCGGAGAGGACAAACAGCUCUUGUUGCAAUACUUAUUCCACGCUCAAACACAUGAGUGUAUUAUAAAAGAUGCUGAGCCUCUCAGAAUACCCAAACAAUCACACAGAGUGAACACCACAUGACGCAAAAGACUCCAACACAGAGUCA